AUGGUGACCGCUACCGAGGAGCCCAAGGAGACGGCUCAGUCCCAUACGCCUCCCGCUACCGACGAUGCCCCCCCACCCGCUGAUGGCGGCCUCGACCUGUCCCUCAUGAAGAAAAAGAAGAAGAAGAAGGUUAAGAAGGAUGCUGGUGAGGAGGAUGACUUCGCGGCCAAGCUGAAGCAGCUGGAGGUUAAGGAUGCUGAGGAUGCUGCUGCCACCGCUGAGGAGGAGUCCGGUAAUAUGGAUGCCGGCACUGGUAUCUGGGCUCACGACGAGACCAAGAACAUCGGCUACAGCCUGCUCCUCCAGCGAUUCUUCCAUCAGCUGUCACAGAAGAACCCCGACCACACCCUCACCGGCACCAAGAGUUUCAAGAUCCCCCCCCCUCAGUGCAUGCGUGAAGGCAACAGGAAAACCGUCUUUGCCAACAUUGCUGAUAUCUGCAAGCGCAUGAAGCGAACCGAGGACCAUCUUACUGCUUAUCUGUUUGCCGAACUGGGAACAAACGGCUCUGUUGACGGAAAUAGGAGACUGGUUAUCAAGGGUCGUUUCCAGCAAAAACAGAUCGAGGGUAUGGUCCGAAAAUAUAUCAGUACGUUGUUAUCCCUGUGCCUUUGCCAUCAGGUUGAGGUGCGCAUUCAAAACCUAUCUAUGUCCAGUCCCACUGACAACCCAACAGUUGAAUAUGUCACCUGCAAGACCUGCAAAUCCCCCGACACCGAGCUCAGCAAAGGCGAAAACCGUCUGUACUUCGUCACCUGCAACAACUGCGGUUCGCGACGUUCCGUCACUGCCAUCAAGACAGGUUUCUCCGCCCAGGUCGGUAAGAGAAAGAAGAUGCAGGGUUAA